GGGGUGGGAGCCCAGCCUCCCUCCCAUCGACCGGAAGUGGCCGUUGUAAACUUGACCUCCCUGGGGGCCGGCCCCUUAGGCGACCCCCUUCUCCUUUCUCUUUUGAUCCCGCGGUCCUAGAAGCCGCCGAAUUCCGUCAACCUUCAGCCCCCAGCCGCUUUGACAGCACCUCUCCUCAUACCCUCCAGCAAAGUAUUUCUCCUACGUCCUCCACCCAUCCCUCUAUGCCGGGGGCCAGCUGGGCUAGGUGGUUCGCUUUAAUUUGGAGAAUAAAUCCAGCGAGACUCCAGCCUGAGGCCAUCUGUGGGGGCGGCGGAGACUCGCAGAGAGGCAUUUGGAAUCUAUUGGCGCUAUUUAAGAAGGGGAUUGACAUGAUCAGAUCUGCAUUCAAGACAAAUCAUUAUGGCAAAGACUUUGUAUCUACUUGAUCUCUAAUGCAAAAGACAUCUUUGAAGCUUUUCAUUUUCUAUAAGUAAAAAGUUGAGAAUUUUUGUUGUUAAUUAAUACUCAGAAGAUGUCAUCAUGAGCAUCAAUCCAAGUAAUAUUAAUGCCGAAAUCCAAAGGUUAAAGAAUACUGCUGCUGACUUAAAAGAAAUGCAUAAAAGCAAUGAAUCAGAUUUGGAUUUCAUUACAGACCUUAGAAAGAAAUUACAUCGAGCAAAAAAAGAAAAAUUGGAACUAACAACUAGCCACAAUGCCCAGAUGUUGACCUAUGAAAGCCAGCUUACCAAACUUCGAUCUGAAGUUGAGAAAGGUGAGGCACUUCGACAGAGUCUCGAAUAUGAACUUGCUCUUGCUAGAAAGGAACUUGGCCUUGGAAGAUUGGCUAUUGAAGAAAAAUUAGUUGAGACACAUAAGAAGAAUGAAAAACUACGAGUACAAAAUUCAGAACUUCAGGGGAAGAUAAAUGAGAUCGAGAAAGCAUUUCAGACUUCUCAGUUCAACUGGAAAGAAGAAUGUAGAAGAUUUGAAUUGGAUUUAGAAGAGAGAGACAAUAUAAUUCAAAAUUGUAAUCAAGAGUAUGAUCUUCUUUUGAAGGAAAAAAAUAGACUAGAUACUGUUUUAAAGGAGACAUUGGAUCAACAUCAGGAGCAGAAGAAUGAGCUGGAAUCUCAUAUCAGGGAGACAGCACUUGAGGAAUUUAGAUUACAAGCCGAACAAUGGGAAGCAGAAAGAAGAGAGUUACAAUUUUUAGUACAGGAACAAGAUAAUGCUAUACAAAAUAUGCAUAAGAAAAUGGAAAAUCUAGAAUCAGAACUCCUUGAUUGCACUAACCGUUUACGGCGACAAACAAGUGAAUUUGAGUUAAGCUCUACUCGAGAGGAAUUACUUAGAAAAGAAUAUGAGGCAGCCACUAUGAAAGUGAAGAAAUUAGAGGAAAAUAUUGAAGCAGAAAGAGCAGCACACCUGGAAUCCAAAUUCAGCUCUGAAAUUAUCCAGUUACGAAUUCGAGAUCUUGAAGGGGCCUUGCAAGUAGAAAAGGCAAGCCAAGCAGAAGCUGUGGCUGAUUUGGAAAUGAUCAAGAAUGAAUUCAAAGAAGUUGAAAGUGCCUAUGAGCGAGAAAAACAUAAUUCACAAGAAACUUUUGCAAAACUCAAACUAUUAGAAAGAGAGUGUUUCUCUAAAAACAAGAAACUAAAUGAAGAGAUCGAGGAGCAGAAGAAAGUAAUUAUGGACCUCUCAAAGAGACUUCAGAGUAAUGAAAAAAGUUUCAGUGAAUUACAGGAAGAACUAGCAAUGGCUAAGAAGCACCAGGCUUGUUUAACAGAGACGAAUGAAAAGAAUGUGAAAGAGUUGGAGUUGCUCUUAGACAGCUUUGCUGGGUCUGGCCAGCGGACAUCAGGCAUCCACAAGGACGAAGAUAAAGCUCUCAGCUUCUCUAUUGUCCUUGAGACUUUGAGGCAUACCUUGACAGAUUACCAGAACAAGCUGGAAGAUGCAUCUAAUGAGCUAAACUACCUGCAAAUGACUUCUGAAAAAACACUUAGGGAACUUGAUGCUACUAAACAGGAGAUGGAAUGUCAAAGCAAAAGUCUAAAGGAAGCACAGGAUAAACUGGUUAAUGUCAAUCAAGAGUUAAAUCACCUGCGAACUAAGUAUGCAGACAGAGAAUCUAUAAUAGGCACUUUAAAAGUGGAACUCCAAAAUGUUUUACAUUGUUGGGAAAAAGAGAAAAUGCGAGUAGCACAAUCUGAAAAUGAAAUCCAGAAGCUUUCCCAGGCUUUCCAUAAGGAUAUUGAGGAGAAGCUAACCUUCCUUCAUACGUUAUAUCAGCACUUGGUAGCAGGCUGUGUGCUUAUAAAACAACCAGAAGGCAUGCUGGAUAAAUUCUCUUGGUCUGAGCUUUGUGCAGUCUUGCAGGAGAAUGUUGAUGCCCUGAUCUUAGACCUCAACAGGGCUAAUGAGAAGAUAACUCAUCUAGAAUAUAUUUGUAAAAACAAGUCUGAUACUCUGAGAGAGCUUCAGCAGACCCAGGAAGACACUUUUAAUAAAGUGGCAGAACAGAUUAAAGCACAGGAGAGCUCUUGGCAGAAACAAAAGAAGGAUUUGGAGCAGCAGUAUACUGAAGUCCUCCGAGAGGUUCAGAUGAAGGCACAGAAAUUUCAAGAAAUUGCUGAAAAAAAUGUGGAAAAAUCAGCCCUUAUGGAAAAAUCCAAUGAACAGUUGAUUCUCGAAAAUUCUCAGUGUAAAAAUAUGUUAACUGAGACUCAAAAGGAACAUUCAUCCCUACUGGCAGCCUGUGCAUUAAUGUCUGGUGCUUUAUAUCCUUUAUAUAGUCGAUCAUGUGCCUUGUCAACACAAAGAGACUUUCUUCAGGAUCAGGUUAACACGUAUGACAUGCUCAAACAGGAAAUUAGAACUCUGGUUCAGGCUUUGUCUGAUGUGGAAGAAAAGAAGCAAAAUGAAGCCAAGUUAAAGAAAAAACAUUUCAAAGGAUUGAUAUGUGUAUUCCGGAAAGGUGUUAUUGCUGUUUUGGCAGCAAAAAGACUUCAGAUUCUUGGCCAAAAGUGUGGCUCUCUUUUUACGUGGAUGGAAAGCUUCAAAGAAGGCAUAGGAAUCUUAGUAUGUACAGGAGAACUCAAAGAGAACCAUAAUUUGACAAGACACCGAACAGAGCAGAUGCGUUGUCUUCAAGCAGUUAGUUGGCUUACUAGUUCUGAACUUCUUGCUGCAGUAAUCAAUUCUAUGGCUGAAUUGCAGGAAGUGGUUUGUAAAACAGAUCCAAAUUCUAGGCUUUGUGGACAUUUACUUAUAAGUGCAGCCAAGAAUUCCUUUGCAAAACUUAUGGAUAAAAUUAGCUUGGCAAUGGAGAACAUACCACGGGGAAGUAAUAGAAAUUUUACAUAUAUGGAAAAGGAUUCCCUUGUUCAGCGAUUGGCCAGAGGACUUCAUAAAGUUAACACAGAAGCCUUGAAAUAUGGUAUAGGUGGUCCUAUGCCCAUUAUGAAAAGUAUAGAGUGUUUGCAAAAGCAAAUAUAUGAAUUUACCCAAAGAUUGCAUGCAGCAGAAGUAGAACGCCGUUCACUCCGCUUAGAAGUCACAGAAUUUAAAAGAAACGUGCAUGAUAUGAAAAAAGAGAUUGAAAAAGCCCAGAUUCUACAAAUGCAAUUAAAAGAAUUUAAGCAGUCUAAAUUGAUCACCCAUGAGAGGUUUGAAAGUGCCUGUGAAGAGUUGAAUAAUGCAUUACUUCGAGAACAACAGGCCCAAAUGCUUCUGAAUGAACAGGCACAGCAACUUCAGGAGUUAAAUUAUAGACUAGAACUGCAUUCCAGUGAGGAAGCGGACAAAAACCAAACUCUUGGUGAAGCUGUUAAGAGUCUCUCGGAGGCAAAGAUGGAGCUGAGAAGAAAAGAUCAAUCUUUGCGUCAGCUCAAUAGACAUCUUACCCAGCUGGAGCAGGACAAGCGGCGACUAGAGGAGAGCAUCCAUGAUGCAGAGAGUGCCCUCCGCAUGGCAGCAAAAGAUAAAGAAUGUGUUGCUAAUCAUAUGAGAUCAGUGGAAAGUGCUCUUCAUAAGGUCAGAGAUCAGAUCUCGCUGUCACGGACUGCGGCAAGCAGGAAUGACUUCACCCUGCAGCUACCCAAACUGCACCUGGAGACCCUUGCAUUGGAAGGGCUGAAGGGCGGGCCAGAGGUUGUAGCAUGCCAGGCUAUGAUUAAAAGUUUCAUGGAUGUCUACCAACUUGCAAGCUCUAGAAUUGCUACAUUAGAGAAGGAAAUGACAUCUCAUCGAAAUCACAUUUCAGCUCUGAAAUCAGAGCUCCAAACAGCUUGUCUACGAGAAAAUGAAAGUUUACACUCAGGAUCAAGAGACCAUUCAAAUCUCUCCAUUUCUUCAAGAAGUACUCUUCAUGCUGACCGAAACAUGAAUGGGGAUUUCUUGCCACUGAAAGCUGAACUUGACACAACUUAUACUUUCUUAAAGGAAGCAUUUGUAAAUAGUUUGCCCCGGUCUCAGGCUUCCCAUCCCCCUGCUGUGAAUAUAUCUACUAAUUCCAAAAGAACAAUACAAAAUUGAUUCUGAUUUUUAUGAAGAUAACUUGGAAGUUAUAUUUAAGAAUUAAAACGCUAUGUGAAGGA